AACCCUAAGUCUCUACUAUCAGCGGCAGCGCAGGGCAGUGGCCGCUCGGACUGCAGGUAUCCUUUCCCUCUCUCCUCGGCGGCGCUCGCGGCAUCUUUCUCCUUGGCGUCGGCGGCGCACCUUCUUCUCUGUCACCGAGACUUGCAGAUAGUUUGAAUAUCCCUAUUAUCAAUACCAAACGAAAUAUCACAAUAGCUAUAGCUAUAAGCCUCGUUUCUGUUCUAGGGUUUUAGAAAUUAGUCAUGGAGCACGGCAAUGGUGACUUGGAGCACGAGGUCAAGACCAAAAAGCACAAGGGGAAGCAUGAUAAGCCCAAGCCUUGGGACGAUGACCCCAACAUUGACCGUUGGAAGAUUGAGAAAUUUGAUCCCUCUUGGAACGAAGGGGGCAUGCUCGAAGUCUCCACCUUCUCCACCUUGUUCCCUCAGUACUUGGAAAAAUAUUUGCAGGAAAUUUGGCCUAAGGUGAAGUCGGCUUUGAAAGACCAUGGUGUUUCGUGUGAACUAAAUCUGGUUGACGGUUCCAUGACAGUUACAACUACCAGAAAGACUAAGGACCCAUACAUAAUUGUCAAGGCUAGGGAUCUUAUUAAGCUUUUAUCAAGAAGUGUGCCCGUAGCUCAGGCUAUAAAAAUACUGAAUGAUGAAAUGCAGUGUGAUGUCAUCAAGAUUGGAGGUUUGGUUCGCAAUAAGGAACGGUUUGUUAAACGAAGACAACAUCUUAUAGGUCCCAAUUCUUCCACUUUAAAGGCACUUGAAAUACUAACUGGAUGCUAUAUUCUGGUUCAAGGAAACACUGUUGCUGCCAUGGGCUCAUUUAAAGGUUUGAAGCAAGUUAGGAAGAUAGUGGAAGAUUGCAUUCAAAAUAAAAUGCAUCCCGUGUACCAUAUUAAGAUCCUGAUGAUGAGGAAAGAGCUUGAAAAGGAUCCUGCUCUUGCAAAUGAAAAUUGGGAUAGGUUUCUUCCCAAAUUUAAGAAGAAAAAUGUUAAGCAAAAGAAGGUUAAAAGUAAAGAGAAGAAACCAUAUACACCAUUCCCCCCUCCUCAACAACCUAGCAAGAUUGAUAUGCAACUGGAAACUGGAGAAUAUUUCUUGAGUGAUAAGACAAAAUCGGCGAAGAAGUGGCAGGAGAAGCAGGAGCAGCAAGCGGAGAAGACUGCUGAAAGCAAAAGAAAACGAGACGCUGCAUAUAUUGCCCCUGAGGAGCCUAUAAGGCAGGAUGGCAACUCGAAAAAUAAUGACAACGAAGAUGUGGCUGCAAUGGCCAAGUCCUUAAAGAAAAAAGCCAAGGAGUUUGGAAAACAAAAAUUGGCUGAGAAUGUGGAUGCAGAGGCAUAUAUAGCAGAAGCUGGAGAAAAGCCUAAGAAAAAGAAAUCCAAACACAACCAUUCUUAACUAACUACUAUGUUACAUUGGUGAUAUGGUUCAUUGUAACUGAGAACAUACAUGGUUUUGAGAUCUUUGUUAUGAGAUACUCUAAAAUUUUUGACACUAAUAUAGUAAUUGUUAUGGUUUUAUGGUCCCUGAAUAUUGAAAGGUUAGUCGACUUAAUCGUUAUAAAGGUUUCAUGAUGUCUUUUUGAUCUUUUUCAUCAA